CUCGCUCCCUCGCCUCGCUCUCUCGCUUUCUCGCUCCACGUCCGCUUCUACCCCCGUGCGCGUCCACCCACCCACUACGCUACGCCGCCGCCCCCUCCCUCCUUCUUAUCCCUGACUUCGCAAAGCCGUGGGCCGGCCAUGCCAGCUUCAUGUCAUGACAGCAUCCCAUUGGCGCCCCUGCGGUCCCACUUGGGACGGAGGAGCAAAAUGAAGGGAGAUACAAGGCCAUUCGGGACGUGUCACCUCGCUUAGGAGGGAUGCCGUGCCGUGUGGUCGACGGGGAUGAGUGAGUCCGGGGCAUUGCGCACCCCUCAAACAAAUCAUCCAAUCCUCUUGAGUCGCAACAUACGCUCCUGCACGCGGUAAAUGGACCAAGAUUCGCCCAUAUUCUCCAUAACAAACAUACACGGAAGCCCUCAAAUCGAGGCACCCAUAAGAAUGAAACAGGUCUCAAGUCCAUCCGCCUCCAGGUGGCAACAAUUGGCCAUGAUAACCCUUUCCUCAUUGCAGAUGGCGAGCCUCUCUCAAAUGAGACCAUGGGGGCGGUAUCGGGGUCGGGGGUUGCGGCGGGGUUGGGUCUGACAUCCAUCCGAAACCGACAUUGCCUUCGAACGGUUAACCAGGUAGCGUAUCCAUGGCUAUCCAUAUGUGGCGCUGUAUUAUGGCCCCCUUCGCUGAGAACAGCAAACCCUGCCACACUCUUCCAUGCUUCUACAUGGCUUCGAUAACGAUGGAUAAGGUUCUUCCUCUGGGUCGUGCCGGUUCGCUGCUUGCCUGGACCAAAGACCUUCUUGCUAUUGCCCGCCAUCUUCUCGCUUCAUUUCAGUGCGGAGGCGGAAGAGUCUGAUCGUCAACAACCCUCGUCGAGACGAGGGACUCCUCAAAGCAGCCAGUCCAGUCGCCGCCAUCGUGAAAAGUACCCAGUCGACCAAGAAGACUCUCGUCAGUUGAAGAAGAGUAUUCUAGCGAUCCUGAAGGGCCUCGACACCAGCACCUCACCUACUUCAACCUUUCAACCUUCUGCUGGUGAAUGAAGACAUGACAAUCCUUCCUGGCGAGCAUUUUUGAUCGACCUCGACCUCGCAAUCAGAGUGGAACGGGACGGUUUCUCCGGAGCGCGAGGUAAGACUGGCACUAGGGCGUUAUGGCUAUUGGUGUGUUAUAUCGUGAAAAGCAUUCCUUCAUGCAUGAUCUUGAAUCAUUUUUCUGGGUGCUCUUCUGGAUAUGCAUACACUACAAUGGCCCUGGGAAGGGAAGGGUUGUCGAGCGCUUCGAGGAGUGGAACUAUGUAAAUACAGAGAAGCUGGGUGACAAGAAGAAAGGGGUGAUUAGUGAUGAAGGGGACUUUCUUAGAAUUGCUGAGGAGAAUUUCACUCCAUACUACUUCAGAUUUCUUGUGCA